AUGCUCAUUGCACCACUUUCAGACUGCACGGCUGGCGUUAUUCAGGAGGCCAACAAGGCCAAUAACGUGGCCUGCAGUGAAUUAAGGAAAGCGAUCAGGAGGAGGCACACCCACAAUCCGUAUCUUCAAGCGAUUUUAACACCAGUGGUGACAAGCUGCAAUUUUAAUGAUAAAAAGCGGCAUGAACCCAACCCCAAUGCACCUGCAUUUGUUCCUGCAGAGAUCCCGUGGAAUACUUACGCACCGUGCGUCUAUAAUGAGAAUUCUUGCGUGAAUGAAACUGCCUACGAUUACGCUGUAUAUGGAUCCUCCUAUUACUACUCCCAACGCAUUUCUCCGUCAUUUGCAAAAACGACGCAGAUGACUUACCAACUGCCUGCAGUGCCCACAGAAAGCAUUAACACAAGCAGUGUCGCUGACAAAACCAUGAACCUAAGCAAUAACAGUACAUCUUGCGGAAACACAGGGACCUCGGUUGUCUCGACACCCGUCAAGCGAAGCAACAAUCUCUACAAGAUGUACGUUGAUGGUCGUCCCAAGGUUGUUCGCGGCGUCAUGUACGCUGAGGUAAAGGUAAAAUUGCGUUUGGGAAGCGAGGUAUUCAUUGUGAACGAUGUGCCACAGGUUUUUGGUCUCAUUGUGAAUCCGGAGGAGCUCGUGGGCCGCUACGUUAUUGUGGAAGGGGAUCGUGGAGAGGAUAUGGGCAUCAUUUCCGCCAUUGAGCGCUCCGAGCAGGAGCCCGUGAAGCAGGUGGAAAAGGCGGAAGAGGGUGACAACAGUCAUCCACGCGUUCUUCGUGAGGCCCUUGCAGAAGAAGUUGAGUCCUUUCAUGGCCUGGACAGACUGGAGGAAGAGGCGCUUCGCUUCUGCAAAGCAGCGAUUAAUUCUCUCAAAAUACGUACUCCGCUGCAGGUAAAGCGUGCGGUAUUUCAGUUUGACCGGAAGAAACUGACCUUCACGUACAGCAGCGACAGUUACGUGGAGUUUAAAGUGCUUCUUCGUGCCCUGAACCGCCAGUAUCAGUGCCGCAUCUGGAUGCAUCAGCUCAACUGGGAGGCGAACUGCAAGCAGAGGCGGCAGUCUUCAGACACGGAGGGAAGUCGCAAGAGUCGAAGGGACCCUCGCAAGUGUGGUGGCACCAAGAAGGACGGCAAGCGGAGUCAAGAGGCGGAUGAACGAUGA